AUGUCUGCCACAGCUGCCGCCGCCGCUUUCGCCAUGGACGCCGCCACCAUCGAGGCGGCCUCCGCCAAGCACCCCAAGCAGGCGACGUUCCGCCCCUCCUAUGGUACCGCCGGCUUCCGCUGCGAGGCGUCCCUGCUCGACUCGACCGUCUUCCGCUGCGGCCUGCUGAUCGCUGCGCGCGCGCUCGCGACGGGCGCCGCGUGCGGCGUCAUGAUCACCGCGUCCCACAAUGUCGACAGCGACAAUGGCGUGAAGCUGGUGGACCCCUCUGGCGAAAUGCUCGAGCCCGCCUGGGAGGACCUCGCCACCCGCCUGGCCCAGGCGGCCACCGACUCGGAAGUCGCAUCCGAGCUCUCCGCGAUCCUCGCCGCGCACCCCCCCGCCCCCGAGGCCGCCGCCGCCCCCGCCGCCGCGCCCGGCGCCAAGGGCGGCCCGCGCGUCAUCGUCGGGCGCGACACGAGGGACAGCGGCCCGCGGCUGACGGCCGC